GUUUCCUUCUGGGAGAGUAACGCAAUAUUUCAAUGCAUUGCUUCUAAAAGUAGGAAGGUUUAACACAUUGAAGCUUGCUCUGUUUUUCUUCAUCCGAUUUUUAUUUUCAUAUCCGACUUUAUGAGGUUCCGAACGUACCUAUGUUGCCUAGCAACGUAAACUUGCUGGACAGCUUGCUAGGUUUUGAGAGGCAGCCGCUAAACAGGCGUUGCAGCUUUCAGCAGCAGGAAGUACUGGCACAAACACGGGGAUGCUGUCCAUGACCUGACCAGUCGGCCUGAAGAAAAAGUGUGUUUGGCUUCAGUGUUUCUUUUCCAGAUACACAUGCUUUGCUAAAGUGGGAUCACGGGCCAUCUCCUAAGUAUGGAGAUAGCUGUAGCCAAAAUCCUGUGCCUGUUGGGGGUGUUUGCCCUGAUGUUAGGGGGCAUUCUUAUUCCUGUGCGGAUGAUGCACAUGGAGUAUGAUAAAAUCACGAGGUACAGAAGAGUGGUUGCUUUAAGCAACUGUUUUGGAGGAGGUGUAUUCCUGGCGACCUGCUUCAAUGCCCUUUUACCAGCGGUUAGAGCAAAGGUUGACGAUGUCCUGGAAACGUUAAAAACUCCCAAUCAUUAUCCUCUGGCAGAGACGAUGAUGAUGAUUGGGUUUUUCCUCACAGUAUUUGUGGAACAGGCCGUGCUCACUUUCCGCAAAGAGAAGCCCUCAUUUAUCGACCUGGAGACUUUUAACGCUGGCGGCUCGGCAGCGGGGAGCGACUCAGAGAACGAUGCUCCAUUCAUCGCUCCCGCCCGAGGUUCCAGAGACCACCAGUACCAUUCCCAUCACCACGGACACUUCCACCCUUCGGAGCUGACGCACGCCGGGCCGUUGAGGUUAGCUAGCCUGGUGCUAGCGCUCUCCGCUCACUCUGUGUUCGAGGGUCUCGCUUUGGGCCUUCAGGAAGAGGGGGCUGAACUGGGAACCCUCUUCAUUGGAGUGGCCAUCCACGAGACGCUGGCAGCCGUGGCUCUGGGGGUUAAUAUAGCCAAGGCGGGCGUCUCUUUACGGGACGCCAGUAAACUGGCCGUAACAGUGAGCCUAAUGAUUCCUCUGGGCAUCGGGAUAGGAAUGGGUAUUCAGACAGUCCAGCACCUGGCGGAAAGUAUUUUAUCAGUAGUGCUCCAGGGCCUGGCAGCCGGCACGUCCCUCUUCAUCACGUUCUUUGAGAUCCUUUCACGAGAGCUGGAGGAUAAACACGACAGGCUACUGAAGGUGCUGUUUCUUGCUCUGGGCUACAGUGUAUUAGCAGGACUUGUCUUCAUCAAAUGGUAAAAGGGGUUCAAAAUGUAACAUAAAAAACUGUUCCGCUCUUUUAGAGCACCAUCUCUAAAACAUUAUAAUCAACAGUUUCUUUAAAUCUACUGAAUAACGUUUGGUAUUUUAGAGAGCAAGUGUUUUCAAACUGUUUGACCUUUAUUUUUAUUUAUAUAUAUAUAUAUAUGUGUGUGUGUGUGUGUAUGUGUGUGUGUGUGUGUGUGUGAUUAAUAUGUUAAGUGUCAUAUUGUCCAGAAAAAUUGUUUCCAAAAGCUAACUUUAGUUUUGUUACUGUACUAAGGCCAAAUAUUACAUGUACAGUUAGUACAAAGGAAUUAUAAUGCAUAUUUAAAUGGCUAACUAGAAAUGAAAAAAUAAUGAGGUAAUCAUAAUAUUAAAAAUAGUGUUAAUAGGAAGGGUUCAGCCAAAAAUGAAAGUGACCCCUUGAAUUUCCCUCAAGCCAUCCUAAGGUGUAUAUGUGGAGUACUGUUUAUGACGGAGUACUUCUAAAUCUUGGCCACUAUUCACUGCCAUUAUAAAGCUUGAGCCAGGUCAUAUUUCAGUAGAAAUCCAAUUGUAUUAAUCUUAAAGAAGAAAGCCAUAUACACCCAGGAUGGCGGGUAAAUCACAGAAUAAUUUUAAUUUUGGGGUAAACGAUUCCUUUAAUUAGCAUCUCACGUGAAUGAACACCCUGGGCCUCAUUCUUUUGAAUUAUACCCUUUUACGUCUUGCUCAAAUCAUCUGAUACAUUUCAGGCUAGUUUUUUUAUUUAUUUUUUAUUUAUCCUUUAUGUAAAUAUCACAGUCAAUAUGUACCAGUACUACAAAGGCUGUUUUGAAGGAUUUGCUUGUAGAUACUAUUAGCUGAAUGCACACGUAGGAUGUGAACUGCGGUGAGGUUCCUGAUUUAGAUUCACAUUCAUCGUAAUGCAGUUGAGUUCAGUCUGACCGUCACAUGUUUCGGUUACUUGACACAAGUGUCACUGGGGGGGAAAUACUCCCGAUCUAGACAGAGACUCAGUUUUGGCUGCGAGCUGACAGACAGAUGGUGUUUUGAAGCAGAACGGGGUGAAUGUAUUUGAGCAAGCUGGGUUUGCUGGUUGACCGUUUCAUCUGCUGGUAUAGUUUUAUGCAUAAUUCAGAUUGCUCAUUGUUACUUUAAAGCUAUAUUUGAUUUUGGCUGCUAGGCUCAGUUUGAGUGUGAUGAAUAUUUUGUAUUCAUAAAUAUAUAAAUGAAGAGAAAUGCUGAAUCCCGCAUUAUGAAAACGACAUGCAUUGCUAUUGCCCAGAGUGAGCCUCAGGAAGUUAAGACGUAACAACCUUGUAUUCCUCGUGUUUGAACAACCUUUGUUUUGUACUCCUGUGUUUUUUACAGCUUUAUGAACUUUCACGGUGAUAUACUUUUAAGCCUAUCAGGGAGAUUCUUAGUCUUUUCAUUGUUUAGGUGUUUGUGGGCUCUUUGUGGCAACCCGUGCGUGUUGCCACACGUUCGUUUUUUUUUUCUUUGCGUUUUUAAUCGUUUGGUGAGUUUAUUAUUCUGCUUUAUUAUUUAUAAAUCAAAUACGCUUAAUUCAUUGAUCAGUCAUUUUAUAUGAUUUGAGUUUUUUUAAUCUGUUGUGUUGUUUUCCUCGCAGACAUGUUAAAGAUAAGACAGAGGUUUUGUUUUAUUAAUGGGCAUUUUUGUGGAGCAGUAAUCUUCCAUUGAUAUUGCUUGUGGUAAUAAUGUUUGGACAGAGCAUUGAAAAGAAUGAAACGCAUUUACCGUCACUUCAUCUCCUUUUUUUCUGCUCCCACUGGCUUUCUGUGCCUGCCGAGAGAAGACUGUUAAUACAGCUUUGGGUAGUGAAACAUUGAUUUUGGGACAAAACCUACUGCUAACAGGUUUUGGGUACCAGAUAUUUUCAGACAGGAUCUUGCAUCCGAGGUUGGAUUCUGAUGUGGAGGCUUAAUCUAAGAUUUUUAAUCUCAAUCUGUAGCCAAUUCCUGCCUGUACUCUUUUCCUUGUGUCAAUAAGAUUUAGCAUCUCAGUGUUGCGAAAUUCCUUUUUAAAAUGUAAUAAUCGAUCAUCUUUAAUUUUUCUAUUUAAUAAAGUGAUUUUCCUGUGA